CAGGCGGUGACUCUGAUGAAAGUGUGCGCAACAAGGUUAUGAUUUUUUUGACGUUCAUACAGAGUAGUAAGCAAAAUAACAGCCAGGGAGAAAGUCAAAGGGAAACAGUUAUUCUGAUUUGACUAGGUACAUAAUAGAUAUAUUCGGUUUUGGUUUGUUUGCCGAUUAGUCGUCUAAUGUACAGCAUUGCAUUAACAGCAAAACUUUGUACUGAAAAAAAAAAUAAAAAUAAGAAAAACACUGACGCAGAGCGUUUAGUUAUUAAUGCUGAUUAAAGUGCGAGUGUUUGCUGGUCUAUUGAAAGUUCAGUAAAUACCGUCAUUUCUAAGGAUUCCUGUGUUCAACAUACGUCAGAUUUUGGUUAUUUUAUUAAGUGACUUUAAGUAAUGUCGUCCUCCAUGAUAGUCCCAGUAAUAGAUGUGCAAGGCAACAAUUUUAAGGAGUUGUGGGGAGCAAUGGUGUUAGCCAUUAAAACAUCUUCAUUCAUUGCCCUUGAUACGGAACUGAGUGGUCUUGGACCAAGAAAAGCUCUACUAGCAGAAUCCAUUGAAGACAGAUACAAAACCAUAUGCCAUGCAGCUCGCACACGCUCGAUACUUUCAUUGGGGAUUGCUUGUUAUAAAGAAAUUGACAACAAAGUAAGGGCAGACAACACAUACCUGGUCCAGGUUUACAAUCUAACCCUGCUUUGCUCGGAGGAAUACAUAAUUGAACCCCAAUCAGUGCAGUUCCUUGUGCAGCAUGGGUUUGACUUCAAUAAACAAUAUGCUCAAGGGAUUCCCUAUUACAAGGGUAAUGAUAAAGGAGGUGAUGCACAUGGGGUAAACAUGCGAUCCUUGUUUGUAGAAUUGCUUAGGGCAAACAAGCCCUUGCUGGUCCAUAAUGGUUUGAUAGACAUGGUCUUCUUGUACCAGUGCUUCUAUGCCCAUUUACCUGAGCGCCUGGGCACCUUCACUGCAGAUCUAUCCCAAAUGUUUCCCUCAGGCAUCUAUGACACCAAGUAUGCAACUGAGUAUGAGCUUCGGUUUGCAGCGUCAUACCUGGAAUAUGCCUAUAAGAAGUGUAAGCUGGAAAACUCCAGAGCUAUUGAAAGUGGUGGAAAUGGGACUCAUGUGUUCCUGGAGUUUUGUAAAUAUAUUGGGAACAUGCAGAGCUAUAUAGACUACAGGCCUUGUGUGGACAACCAGAGUCAGGAUGGAGUCCGCAGCGUCUGUAUUCAGUUCUCUGCCUAUGGAUGGUGUCCUAAUGGCUCUCACUGCUCCAUGUCACAUGACACAGACCUUAUAAUCCAACAUGAUGAAAAUACCAGAGAAGACAAGAGGAAAAAGAGGAAGCGCAAGAAUAAAAAUAAAGAUUCUCAAGCAGAAGUACCCCCUGAAACAUGUGAGUCCCCACAAGGCAAAAGGAUGCAUUUCGAAGGCAUGGAUGCAGAGGUGGACCAUCAAGACCAGACCAGAUCUCAACCUACACUGCCAGAAAAUCAAGAGAUGACAGUAGCUUCUGAACCAACAGAUGGCGGGCAUGCGUUUGAGCAUGGGAAAACAGCCAGCAAGAAUGGAAAUUAUGUAUCUCAGCCACAAGCAUCUUCUGAAGCGCCUGAUAGACCAAAUGAGAAGAAAGUCGAGGGAGGAACCCAUAGAGCAGGCUUUGAUGCUUUUAUGACAGGUUAUAUUUUUGCUUUUGCCAAAACUUGUGCAGCAAAGUCAGAGGAAUUCACCACUGCUCCCCUGAUCCCUGGAUGUCUCAAUAAGCUGUACCUCAGUGGCAAGUCUGUUCCUCUAAAUGUAGCCAAAAGCACCUUCUCCAAGUCUUCAAAGGCUCAUGUGCACAAGAUGGACUAUGUCUGGGGGAAAAGCACUGCUGUCAAAACUGAAUAGUGUAUAAACAUUAUUGUUAGGUUUCUUUUCAGUGUAAAAUUGACAAAAUACAUUUGACAAGGUUUUUUUCUGAAUGAAAAAUUUAAGUUUAGGCAAUAAAGACAAGUACAGCAGUAGUUCUCAGGAUCCAGAUUUUUCAUUGGAUAUUAAAGCUCUUUCCAUAAACUUAAUCUUGUUUUUGAAUUUUAUAAAUUUUUUACUUUUGCUCUAGCUUACUCUUGUAUGCCAAAUUGCUUAUGAUGGUCCUGAUUUUUAAUUUGCUUUGGGUAGAAGAGCCUGCUAAAGGAUUUAUUGUAAAUAGUCCCAUCAGUAUGCUAAAUUAUUAAAAUAAAUAGGCUGAAUUGGAAAAUGUACAAUGGUAUAAAUGCAUAAACAACUACAGAAGAGGGAUUUACCAGCCAACAUUGGACCAAAAAUUGUAUUAGUAUUGGCACCAAAUGAAAGGUGAAUUUACUCCACAAUACUGUAGAGUUUGAUUGGACGCACAACGGCAUCAGAAGCGUUUUGGUAACAUUACUUAAUGUAUUUGGUAUCACAAAUUAAUCUUUUUUUUUAAUGUUAGUUUAUUGUAAUGAUAUGUAUCAUGUGUUUACAUGAUUUUAGUGUGAUAAAACCACUUACUAACAUAAGUUAUAUCAAAUAUUACAAGCGAUUCUAAUAAUGUUUACAUGCGUUUACUUUUUGUGGCAAUCAUUUUGAAACGGUAUAUCGACUGGCCCCAUUCACUUCCAUUGUAAAUGCCUUACUGUAAUUUUUUUGUUUUGAGAAAGGGACAAGUAAAAAAAUAUUUGUAUGCUACAAAUGCUGCUGGUUGAACUUAACUUGUAUUGA